GUGGAUCACAAUGAGUGGUGGAAAAGAAUUGGUGUUGAACACCCUAAGGCGUGCUACUAGCCAAGAAGCAGACACCCUGAAGCCCGCAGAGCAACAGCUACAAGAAUGGGAAACAGAGCCAGGAUUUUAUUCCACUUUAGUUGAAAUAUUCUCAGAAUAUGGUUUAGAGGUCAAUGUCCGGUGGCUGGCAGUACUGUAUUUCAAGAAUGGCGUUGACCGAUAUUGGAGAAAAACUGCACCCAAAGCAAUUAACGAGGCAGAAAAGACACAAAUCAGAUGUGGUCUUCUGCAUAAUCUCCGAGAACCUGUGCCACAGGUGGCAACACAGCUUGCUGUACUCAUAGCCAAGAUUGCUAGGGUAGAUUGUCCACGAGAGUGGCCAGAUCUUCUUCCUGCUCUCUUUGAGGCUGUUAAGAGUAAUGACCAGUUAGUUCAGCACCGCACUCUCCUAACUUUGCAUCAUGUCAUCAAGCAGCUAGCAUCUAAAAGGCUUGCAGCGGACAGACGUGCCUUUCAGGAAUUAACAAAUCAGAUGUUCUCAUUCCUUUUGGAACUAUGGCGAUCUGAAACAGAAGCAUUCCUUGCAACUGGAGCUGGAGGACAAAGCUUAGAGAUUGUGGUGCCAUGCCUGGAACGGUCACACUUGGCACUCAAGAUCCUUCGUAAGCUUAUUAUACAUGGAUUUAAGAAACCCGAAGAGAGUGAAGAUGCUGUGUUAUUCAUGAAGAGUAUAUUUGAUCGCAUUAAAGUGAUGUUGACUUUCCGGAAACAACACGAAAGUAACGAGCACGUUAAAACUAUUUCUGAGAAGUAUGCUGUACUCUUAACCAAAGUGUUACGUGAUGUUUUAGAAAAUUUUCCGUUCUCUUAUUUACAGUUCAUUAAGCCUAGCUUGGAUCUAACAGCAUAUUUUGUAUUUACACCUGCAGGAGAUGGACUAAUUUUUGAGAGAUUCACUGUGCAGUGUCUCAACUUAAUAAAGGCCAUCCUUCUGUGUCCCGAGUAUAAACCGUGCAAGGUCAUAGAAGAUACCAAGGAUCCCCGGACUUUAGAAGCCUUUAGAAUCAAGUUGGAGUUCUUUACUAAUUCAGUUCUAGCAGGCAUGUGCCACAAACUUAUCUCCCAUUACUUUUUACUCAGGCAGGAUGACCUUGAAGUCUGGGAUUCUGAUCCUGAAGGGUUUUGUAUGGAAGUGGAAGGAGGAGAAUCAUGGAAAUAUAGCCUCAGACCGUGUACAGAAACACUGUUUGUGUCAUUGUUCCAUGAGUAUAGAAGUGCUCUUAUCCCAGUGUUGAUGGAGAUGGUGCGGUCAUCUCACAGCCCUGUUGAUCCUAGUGAUUAUCAUGGAAUUCUUCAGAAGGAUGCUGUGUAUAAUGCUGUGGGUCUGGCAGCCUUUGAACUUUUUGAUGACAUUGACUUUGAUCAGUGGUUUACCUCUUCCUUAAUUAAUGAAUUAAAAGUUAAGGACUCAAAUUAUCGCAUAAUUAGACGCCGUGUUAUAUGGCUCAUUGGACAGUGGACGAGUGUGAAAUUUUCCCCGGAACACCGACCUACACUAUACGAAGCAUGUAUUCACCUCUUAGCGGCAGAAGAAGAUUUUGUUGUCCGUCUUAGUGCGGCCAUGACUCUCAAACAUUCUGUAGAUGAGUUUGAGUUUGAUCCAGAGCAGUUCAUGCCAUAUCUACCUACCAUAUUUGGCCUCUUAUUCAACCUUUUGAAGGAGGCUCAUGAAUGUGAUACAAAAAUGCAGGUUUUACACGUAAUGUCCUUCAUGAUUGAGGUGGUGGGAGUGGGCAUACAGCCACAUGCAGCCCCUUUGGCCCAGUAUUUACCCAGCUUAUGGGAGGAGUCUGCAGAUCACAAUAUGUUGCGAUGUGCCAUCUUGACAACACUUGUUCAUAUGGUGACUGGGCUAAUGCGCAAAAGUGAAGGCCUACAUGAGUUCCUGAUCAACAUUGUGCGCAUAUCAACAGAUGUUACUGAAGACUGUCAUGUGUACCUUCUGGAAGAUGGUUUACUGCUUUGGCUGACCACUUUAGAAAAUACAGCAAAUCCUCAUGAUGCUCUCCUGCAGCUUUUUGAUAAUAUGUUGCCACUGCUGGAGUUAUCAUCAGAAAAUCUGAGACUGUGCCUACAAAUUACAACAGCUUAUACUGUGCUCUGCCCACAACAAUUUCUGUCAAAGUAUGGCAGUCGUUUGAUUGAGACCUUCAGCUCAAUGUUAACAGAUAUGAAGAGUGAAGGUAUGGUUUUGGUGUUGCGAGCAGUGGAAAUGAUGCUGCGAGUACUUCCUACCGAGGGCGCAUCUCUGAUACAACCAUUACUUCCUGGCCUAAUCAAAGUAGUUGCUGAAGGAGAUCAGUACCCAAUGAUUAUAUCUAUGUACCUCUCUCUGGUGGCUAGAUUAGUACUGUAUGCAGAACACAUCUUUACUUGGGCUAUUAAUCAGGCUGCUACUGGUGAGAGCAAACAACCAGAGGAAGUAUUGGAACGUGUUGUAAGUGUGUGGGCCGAUAAACUAGCUUUAGUAUCUCCAGAGGAACGAAGAAAGCUGUGUGGCCUCGGUCUUGCACACCUGUGUGGUUCUGGUUGGCCUCCAGUUCUCAAAGUUUGGCCACCUGCUAUUACUGCUGUUGCUGAAGUCAUUUUUGAUGUGACAAUGGAAGACUCGACACAGGACAAACUGGUCAUCAAUGGUGGCCGCCUGGGAUCUCCUGAACCAUAUGAACUUGAGACAGAACAUGUUCUUAGACGGCAGGCACUGGCACAAGGAGACCCUGUACACACCACCUCAUUACGAGUGUUUCUGGGGCAACAAAUGAAGCGUCUUCAAGAGAGCACCGAUCACAAUACUAUCAUGACUCUUGCUCAGGACCUUGAGGAGAAUUGUCGAAAGAUGUUGGAAGAAAUUACUGUGUCAUAAUUGUGUGUGCCGGUGUUGUGAGUGAGUACGAAGUGAAUUCACCGCAACAUCCUUUAGGACAGGGUAUGAGCUUAAGUUAUGAAUCUUUAUGAGCACAAUAAUAGAGAAAUUUUUUAGGCCAACUCAAAGAGGCCCUUUGUAUACAAUUGCAAUUGUUUUGAAAUUUGAGUAGUAAUUCAUACACCGUAAUUAUCUUACCAAGGGAUAAAGAGUUGUUGCUGGCAUCAUAAUUAUGUACUAUAUGGGGGUAAUACUACAUGUCCCAUUAUACCUCAUACUUCAUUACAUAAGGAUUUCACUUGUUUACACACAAUGAAGUCCCAUUUAUGUACUUAUUUUUCAUCUGUAAUAAGAUAACACAAUACAGAACUACAGAACAUAUGUAUUUUAAUGUUGAUUACAAGAGAUAUAGGUAGUCCCCGACUUACGUCCACCCGCACUUACGACCGCCUCAGUUGUACCAAAAUGUGGUCAAAUUAUGUAUAUUUGAGUCCCAAAGUCAGUAUACAGACAAAAUUUUCAUCUGUAAUUCACUUUAAAAUGGCUGGCAAGCUUAAAAGUGAGUGUUUUGUGGUGCUGAGUAGAAAAAGAGACCCAAAUUUUCGAUUUUUUAUGUGUUAUUUAAGCAUUUCUGACUUACUACCAUUUCGACUUACGGCCUGGAUGUCAGUCCCUAACCCUGUCGUAAGUCGGGGAAUACCUGUACUUUAAAAAUAAAUUGAUUUGUAACUCGCAAUGAAUAUGUGAAGAAGCAAAUGAGGAUUAUUUGUUUGAAAAUGUAUUAGUUGUGAUGAAACACUACAGUAAUACAACUCUUUGUAAUGCAGUUACUGUAUUUGUUUGCAUGCUACAACUAUACUGUACAUAUUUCAACAUUUCACUGAAAUUGCAUUUGCAUUAAAAUAACUGCCUUAGCAUGCUUCUAUGAUCCUCCAUUGUGUCUUUUGUUAAAUUCUUCUCUUUCUGUACAGGAAGAAGGAUUAUGAAGAACUUUAUGCAAUUCCAGUCAUUGACUUUCUUUUUCAUAACUUACCUUUAGUUUAUAUUUUUUACUCCUUAUCUUGCUAUUGUAAAAUAUUUGUGGCUUGAUCUCCACAGCCAUUGACCGACUAAAAUAUCUUUUAGUUUAUAGCAACUGCUACACAAUGGUUUAAGCUUGACCCAGACAUCUAGGGUAAGAAUUGAAGAUGCCUGUAAUAUCAUAUUAGAAUUUUAGCUCAUAAGGAGGAAAAUUUAGUAAUAAUAUAAGUUUCAUCUAUCUUGCAUUUGUAAACAGAGAUUACCAUUUUGUGGCCUAACAAUUAUCAUGUGUCUUUCGAGAUAGCUCUCUCAGAACUGUGCAGGCAGUGCUUGCCUGACAAGACUGCAACUCACCAGGUAGAUCAUUGGUUUGUGGAUAACAUCUUGACCAUAAUCCAUGUGUUUUCCUGGAAAAGCGUGUGUUGAACAGUCAUCGGCAUAUUUUUCUUCUCAUAUUACAUGACUUGUAAUCUUGAAUCUAUGAAGUUCUACCUUCACUCUUUUCCUCCUUUCAAGGUGUCAUUUUGUUACCGUACUUAGUUACAUUCAUGAAAGAGAUUUGAGCUAGAAGUUACCAACACUUUCUGUUUCUGAAGUGGGCAGUUGUUUCAUUUUUUAUGGUUUCUUUCUGUUUGAGUGUUUUUCUCAGUGAUUUACUGUUUGAGUGUAGAUGUUUUUAAGGUGACACUAAUGGAUGCCUGAUGGCCAGCCAAAAACAAGACUGGCUUGCUUUCUGUACUGUAGCAGUACUGUACAGUACAUAUUUCAGCUCGGUCUCUCAAUAUUGCUGUGUGAUAAGCGAAACAGUGUUUUGUAAUUCUUGUAAUUUGUAAGUCUUGCAUGUAAUUUAACUCAGUGUUAGUGAAUAGUAUUAUGUACCCUCCUCAUCUUGGGAAGACAAAACUUAGAGAAUCAAUCAGUCACCACCAGUAUUGUGGUCCUCUAAUGAGCCAAUAAUUUUUUUUUUUUACUGUACACAUACACUAAGUAUUACAUUCUAGCUGAAUCCAUGCUCUCUUCCAUUGAAACCUAAUGCAGUACUACAGCUUACAUUCUAGAGGAAUUACAUGUGAAUACCAUUACAGUAAUGGAUCUAUAAGCAAGAUAUGAUUUUGAUUGUGACUGGCUUUUCCUUGUUAUCAUUCAUUCGUGAGAUUUCCUAGACUGUCUCUCUUCAAUUGUUUUCUUUAAGAAAAGUAAUUUUGAUGCAAAGUUUAAUAUUCUAAGUUCUUCUAGAAAGUUUCUGUACAGUAUCAUGAAACUAUUUCCAGAGCACUACAUUUUGAAGAGCAUUAUAUUAAGGGCUGCUCUGCCACAUGAUGACUUCUGUACUUUAUAUUAAUAACAUAAUUAUAUGACUGAUAUAUCACUCCAUUUUAGAUUGGCACUAGAAAAAUGGUAUAUUUACAAUAGUGUAAAAUCAGUUAAGGAAUUUUAUUUUUAAUAGAAAAAUUCUGGUUAAUUGUGAAUUUUAUUAAAACCAAGGAGAAACUGAAUCAUGAAUUCAGGCAAAUAUAUUUCACAUUUGUGCAUAAUACUUAGGUACUUAAUCAAGGUCCCUUCAAUAUUUUUUUUACAUGACAGUCUGAAAUAAAUUUCGUUUAGUUGACCAAUUUUAAGACACUGCAUAGAUGUGCAUCAACAGUAGAAAAAAGUUGCUUAGUAAAUUUAUUUUAAACUUAAAGUACUAUAGGUAUGCAAGAAGUAAAAAGAAUAUGAAAAAUUAUAAUUAGCAAUGUAUAUCACUUAGAUGUUUAUUUAAUAUGAAGGAGAUGUGCUGCUGUUGCUAACAAUAUGCCCGGUUGAACGCAUUAAGUACACAGCAGACAGGGAACAUUGUACCUAAGUUUUGUACAGUACAUAGGUAUAUAUACUCGACAAAAGUCCCUCACCUCUUUGUUCAAACCAUCGUGUUUUGUGAAAUUACAUAAUGCUAUAGCAAGCAAGUUAGGUUGUUAAAAAGAAAGCAUCAUAGUUGGACAUAGUUCCACCCAAUGCUUGUUCAGUCCCUCCCAAAACUCGGUCCACUCUGGGACUCGACCACUUGUUCAGGGUAGUCAUUAGAUAAGUGUCUUUCCUUACCUGUGAUAAUGGAUUCAUAUGUGAUGGCUUACUAGUGUACUACAGUAUUCUGAAUUUAACAGAAGAAUCGUCUAACUGUUAAGUAAAAAGAGUUUAUA